GACGAUUUUUGGUAAUGUUGUUUCCUUGUCGAUCAACGGAUGACUGUUGAUUACAGAGAACCAAUCAGAACGAUCCACGAAAAGUUAUCUGGUUAUAAAGAGUGAAGUAGAGAAUAGAGCGAUUGAACUUUAUAAGAGGAGGUUGUAUACGUUUUAAUCAAAUAUCUGACAGAUUUAUCCAGUGAAUAGUUUUACAGAAGAAACUGUAAAUAUAUGAUUACUUUACUAAGAAACAUGCAAGCAUUUUUAGGUAUCCUAAUAUUAAUUACUGGAGCUCAUUCUCUGUACUCCUCCAAUUCCCAUGUUAUAGAUCUAAAACCAAACAAUUUUGAUAAUUUGGUAUUAAACAGUGAUAAUGUAUGGAUAGUGGAAUUUUAUGCCCCAUGGUGUGGACAUUGUCAACAGUUAACACCUGAAUAUGAUAAAGCUGCCACUGCUUUAAAAGGUAUUGUAAAAGUUGGUGCAGUAAAUGCGGAUGAGCAUAAAUCUCUUGGGUCAAAAUAUGGAAUUCAAGGUUUUCCAACAAUUAAGAUUUUCAGUGUUGAUAGUAAACCAGAAGACUAUAAUGGGCCAAGAACUGCAGCUGGAAUUGUUGAUGCUGCUUUGAAUGCAGUUAGUCAGAAAGCACGUAGAGCUUUAGGUGGGAAAAGAAAUGGUGGAGAUUCUAAGUCUAAAGAUUCCAAAGAUGUAAUCGAAUUAACAGAUGAUAAUUUUGAUAAAAUGGUGAUGAAUUCAGAAGACAUGUGGUUAGUUGAGUUUUAUGCACCAUGGUGUGGUCACUGCAAACAUUUAGCUCCCACCUGGGCAUCUGCAGCUACAGAGCUGAAAGGAAAAGUGAAAUUGGGUGCUAUUGAUGCUACUGUAAACAGAGUUAAAGCUAGUCAAUAUGAAAUAAAAGGAUAUCCUACUAUCAAAUACUUUGCACCUGGUAAAAAGUCGUUUGAUUCUGUACAAGAAUAUGAUGGUGGCCGUACAGGUAGCGACAUUGUAAAUUGGGCACUAGAGAAAUUGGCCGAAAAUGUCCCAGCGCCAGAAGUAGUUCAAAUUGUAAAUGAAAAAAGUUUAAGAGACGCAUGCGAAGACAAACCAUUGUGUGUUGUUUCAGUUUUACCACAUAUCUUAGAUUGUCAGUCAGAAUGUAGAAAUCAAUAUUUAAAGAUUUUGAAUAAUCUUGGAGAAAAAUAUAAACAAAAGAUGUGGGGGUGGGUUUGGGCUGAAGCCGGUGCUCAGCCUUAUAUUGAAGAAGCAUUAGAAAUUGGAGGUUUUGGUUAUCCAGCAUUAGCUGCUGUAAAUAUAAAGAAAAUGAAAUAUUCAUUACUGAAAGGUAGUUUUUCGUAUGAUGGUAUAAAUGAAUUCUUGCGAGAUCUAAGUUAUGGACGAGGUGGUACAGCUCCUUUAAAAGGAGCUCAGUUACCUAAAAUUCUGGAAACAACACCGUGGGAUGGUAAAGAUGCUGAACCUCCCCAAGAAGAAGACAUUGAUCUCAGUGAUGUAGAUCUUGACGAGAAGGACGAACUGUAAUUACAAAAUCCGGUUUUUCUCAGAAACGUGUGCACCAUCAUAUAAAUGUGUUAGUAAAAAUAAUUCGAUACUUAUUUUUAUAUAACAUCAUUAUUCUGAGUUAAUACAACUGCAUAUUAAUGUACAAUAAUGUAGCAUCAUUUCUAUGAUAUCAGGAAUAUUCUUUCCAUCUAAAACAUUAUAUUAUCAUCCUGUUAGUCACGUAUCAGUCCUCAGGAACCUUACAUGUAUUACAUUAAGCGCUUAGAUCAACUCUUCCACCGAAGCUAAUUUGAAAAAACUUUAGUCUGUUCAUUCCGGUAAAACUGAAUAUAACCUGUUUUAAAAUGAAA